CGAAAAUGUUCUCGAUGCAGAUCAUUUUUUUAAUGAGACAAGAAGAAUUUAAUUGGCUCUUAAUAAAAUGCGGAGCGAAAUUUUAAAAACGAACAGUGGUAUAUUUACUUUUAAAUAAUCGAAGUUUUCAAAAUAAUUACAAGUGACCAGUGUCUUAAGCAUAAAAACUUUUUCCGCAAAACUUUCUGAGUGGCCAGGUAUUCUAUACAAAGUAAAGAAUUACAAUAAAACAACAUUUUUCCCAACAAAUUUUACGGGAAUGAGACUACGAUUGUCAAAUCCUGUUUCUUAAACCACUUAACUGAUUUUCAAAACGAAAUCCUCAAUUUUUGAAAUUGUAGAAGAAUAAAUACAACUUGUGAUCCGUCAAAGGGUAAAAAAAACUCUGUCAGUUAGUUGUGAUUCGUCAAAUAAUAAAAACCCUGGCAGUCAGUUGUGAUCCGUCAAAGUGUAAAAACCUCUGUCAGUCAGUUGUUAUCCGUCAAAUAAUAAAAACUCUGUCAGCCCGUUGAUAUCCGUUAAAUAAUAAAAACUAUGUCAGUCUGUUGUGAUCUGUCAAAAGUAAAAAGGUCUGUUAGUCUGUUGUGAUCUGUCAAAAGUCUGUCAGUCUGUUGUCAUUCGUCAGAGUCAAAAAGUCUGUCUGUGUCGUGGCGUGGCGUAACUGCGAGGCUUCCAAAAGGCAAUGGAAAAGUUAGCAUGAAGCGCGAGCGAGCGAAUUGCGCGAGAAUCCCGCGCGGUAUUCGCCUUAGUCCGUACUCUACUUAAAGACAAUGUAAGUAAGGUAAUAAACAUCAAAAUGUAUGAUAAUAAAAUUUAAAUUCAUUCACAUUCAAUAGUGGAUUAUCGAAUGGCAACACUAAACUCUGGUUGCCUAGGCAACAAAUAACCGCGCUUUGAUUUGAUAGGCAAAUGAAAUCAAUAAAAACAAACAGUAUUUUGUGAAGUGAAAGUGAAUUUAGAUCACAUUCACCGAUUGGGAAAUAAUUUAUAAAAGAUACCCGCAUCAAAUACGAAUACUCAAGACUAUGGGUUUAUACAAGCUUUUUAGUUGUAACGUUGAAAUACAAUACAAAAGUUGCUUGCUGUCCAAAGCUAUGUUGUUUACAUUAGUAACUACACUGCUAACGAUUAUCUUGCCAUUUUUAAUCGCUUAUCGAAGUAGAGGGUUUUGGCUUCGAACUCAUAGCUAUUACGAACAACCGUCUGUACGUUUCGCAUAUGAAUACUUAUUGGUGGCUGAAACGAAUGACCCUAGUCAGCCAAUAGUAUGUGGUGAAGCUGCUGCCCUAAAUCAAGAGUUUGUUAACGGAGAAGAAAAUUGUGUACAAAUCCAGGCUCAAGAACAUGAUUUCAAUGAGGAUGGUAAAAAUGAUGCCUUAGAAUUAAAAUUUAUCCUUAAGGUGCCACAGGAGAAGACAAUUUCAUCAGUUUUAGUCAUAUUAGCUUUAGAUUUCCAAUUAAAGACAACCUGCCCAUUACAUAUGCAGAGUUUGGCUUUCAUACGAGAGUCAUUUAUAUUACCACCAACUGGAUUAAAACAUUAUGGAGAUAUUGAAUUCUAUCAAAUCACUGAUCUGCCCUGUGUCCGUAAUAUUAUAGACAUUAUAUAUAACAACUCUUUAAUGAGUUAUUCAAAAAGAAGUAGUGAGAACAUAGUUGAAUUUAUCAUGACCAAUUACUUCCAAAGACAAUUUACAACACUUGUUAAAACUUUAUAUUCAAAUGGAUACAGUGGUCAUACUGGACACUUGAAGAUAGACCUACAUUUAAGAAUACCUGAAAUGGAAGUAAAAUAUACACCUAAUUUCUUACAAGAAUUGAAAUGGGCCUGGCCUCAAUAUUUAUCACUAGCCUUUAUAUUCUACUGGAUCUUCAAUAGAAUAAAGAUGUUUGUAUUCAACCACCGGCUGCUCAUGGCAUGGAAAGUAGUUCCAUGGAAGAAACAUUAAGCAGCAUUCUAACAGACUUACAUAGAUUACAAUACAUGCCUUUCACUCAUUAUAUAUACUCAACAGUAGAUGGUAGACAAAUAUAAGAAAAGUCCCAAGCUGUUAUAUUCUUCUUAACUUCACACCAACUGAGGUUGAAAUGUAAAGUGCAGCUUCCUGUACUUCCAUUCAUAUAAUUAUCUCAAAAUGCCAAUUAUACUGUAAAUAAAAUUAAGUAGAUGUAUGAAACUAUUAGAGCUAUUACACUUUGAUUUGAAUAAAAGACUUUUUUUCACAACAUUAUUAUCAUCUAUUUAUGUACAAAUUGCUUCUGUACAACAAGAAAACAAAUUCUACUUAUCUAAAUUUAUUUUACACUGUACAUUUAUUUUAUAUUAAUCUACUGAUUGAGUGUCAAAGCAGGUAAUGCUCCUCCAAACUUGUUUUGGUGGUCUAGCUCAGCUCUGUUGUCUUCAAUGAUAAAAGUUUUUCCACUGUAGUCAUCCAAUUGCACUAGUAGGUACCGGCACAUAUAGUUACCAUAAUCAUUCUGUAAAAAAAAUUAAAUAAACAAAGUGUUUUAAAGCAUUUUAAAAACACAUUAUGUAAAAAUAACAGAAAAUGUACCUACCUGUUUCAUAUCUAAUUCUACAACAGCCUUGUUUCUUAUGCCUUUUAUGUAAAAUUUCAUUCUCAUAUGUUUAACACCAUCUUUUUCAUAAACUGCAUGACUGACAUGAGUUCUCCUUCUCCUUGUAGUUUCUUCCCCGUAACCUUUGAUUGGUGAACCAAGGGCAUCUUCUACCCUGGGAUCCUAAAACAUUAUAAUUUAAUGAUCAGUAACAUCAGAAUAUUUUAUAGUGAUCACUACAAACUAGUUGUACCUACAAAUCUCGAAAGAUGUUUGUUAAAUAAAAUUAAAUCUAAUCAAGCUACUGCAAUCAGAACCCAAUCACUAAGUUGAUUUAUUAGGUUAAGCAUUACUCAUCUGUAGAUGUACUAAUUUAAGAAAUUUUAAAUUGAGUGUUUUAGUUAUUCAUAUACAGUGGACCCCAGUACUCCGACAAACAUUUUUCAGGGCAGUAUCGAACUAUUGAAUUUGUUGGAUUAUAGAGUACUGCCUAAGCCCCCCUAUAAUCCAGUUAUUUUUAAAACAAGUAUCUUGUAAUCUGACAAAUUACAGAAGUAAAAUCUGAUUCACAUAACGCAAUUUUACUAACUACUGGGAGUUAGGGAGUAAGGAACCCCAUUUAGGGCGAUUUGCGCGAUUUACAUUUGACUUGCCCAUUAUUUGUCAGAGAUAACCAAGCUUGACUUUUUCAAGUCCUGCCAACCCAUGCUACACAAUAAAUAUAAAUUUUAAUUCUUUAUUUUGUAUCACAAUUUAAUAUUUCUUGCAACUCUGGGGGUGACAUGUUUUAUUUUGUAAAUUCUUUAUUUUAGUAGGUAAGUUGUUUAAGCUAUAUAGUUUUUAAGUUUGUGUUCUUUAAAUGUCUAAUAUUUAAAAUAUAUUUCUUUAUACUUUAAAUGAAGUGACAUAUCACUUACAUUUUUACAUUUUUCAAGAGCUGUCGAGUAAAUACUAUUGGCACUAUUACUUGAGAACAAUUCUCUAAAUACAUAGAAGAAAAUGACUCCAGUCACUCCAACUCCAAGUAGAAUGAUACCAGUAUAAGAUACAGUUUUGGUAGUUUCUUUUAUUUUUUCUCCCAGAGGACGAACAUCGGUGGAUAUUUCUGCUGUAUCUUUACUUUUAGUUAAGCCUGUAUCCUUAUUCGUGGAAUAAUACCGGCUAUUCCCAAGUUUAUUUGCUUGAAUCAAAACUGGUACGAAAUGUAAAGUUUGUGUUGUGCGCAAAACAGGCAGUAAUUUCGAAAUUAUUGUCAUAUUAGUAACCGUACCCUCUUACUGAGUAGAUGAAUUAAAUAAAAAAUAAAGUAGAAUUCUCUAUAAUCACACGGAUAGAAAAGGGUAUUUUAUUUUUAUGAGAAUUGUUGUUUUUGAUUGACGGGGUAGUAAAGUAUCAAAUAAACUCUGUUGUCUGUGGUUGAUAUUGACA